UGCUGGUUGCAGGUCAGUUAUUGUCCUGCCCCUUUUGUUAUUACUAGUUUUGUCUGUGACCACAACACCACAUCUGACAUCGCUCAUCAAAGAUGGGGGAGAGGUUGCAAAGUCAAAAGCGCUUUGUUUGCUCCUUUUUUGAUUGUCAAGCUCAGUUCAGUAAAUCAUGGAAGCUAGAGGCUCAUCUGUGCAAACACACAGGAUUGAAACCAUUCUCAUGUCAAAACUGUGACAAGAGCUUUUGCACUCGCUAUCAGCUCACCAGGCAUGAGCUCACUCACAGCGGGGAAAAACCACACAAGUGUCUGGCUGAUGGAUGCUCCGAGGCCUUUGUCACAAACUCCAGCAUGAAGAACCACAUGGCUCGAGUUCACCAGCAGAAGGAGAAGCCAUAUCAAUGUGACCAUCAGGGCUGUGGAAAGGAUUUCCACAAGAGGAACCAGCUGAAAGCCCACACAUUCAAGCACCUACAGAUUCUGCCAUUUCAUUGUUCUUUUAGUGGCUGCACAAGAGACUUUCCCACUCACGGAAAACUGAAGCAUCAUGAGAGAAUGCAUGCAGGUUAUCCUUGUGAGAACGAAGGCUGUCUCUUUCAUGGGAAAACAUGGACCGAAUACCUGAAGCACAGAAAAGAACAUAAAAUCAAGAUGCCAUGCGGACAGUGCAAAAAGCUGUUUAACAACGCCUGGUUCUUGCACCAGCAUGAGCUGCAUGUCCACUCUGGGAAGGAGAAGAAGAAGCUGCCGUGCCCCAGAAAAGGCUGCGAUAGACAGUUCGCUCGUCGCUUCAACUUGGAGAGUCACGUACUUGGAGACCAUGAGGGCAAAAAGCCUUUUAGCUGUGCGUUUGCUGGCUGUGGGAAGAGCUUUGCCAUGAAGGAAAGCCUGUGGCGACACGGAGUGGUGCAUGACCCAGCAAAGAAAAAACAGAAGAAACUGCGUCCUAAAAAGAAUCAGCCCUGGCGUCUGGCACAGAGGGUCAGACUGGCAGCUGCAGCCAAUCAGGCGGAGACCAACAAGCUUGCUGCGAAGCUGCAAAAGACCACUUUAAAGGAGAACAAAUCUUGAGGCCACGUUAUAAAAUGUCUGUUAAUUCAUGGUGAAAUGAAAUCACGUAAAGUUUCUGUUUGAAUAAUUUUGUUUAUGUAAAUCUAAAAUAAAAGCCUCAUUAAUGCAGCACUA